AUGGCCCAGCGAUUUCCGGGCGCUGGUGGGAUGCCGCAGCGUUACGGUACACCCGUUAACAAUCCACCGUUUAUGCGUCCGUAUGGGCCAGGAAACAGUUUCGGGCCGCGGAACUAUUCUGCCCAACCGCAAACAGGUGGAGGACCAACGCAACUGCCACACCAACGUCCGAUGUACGCCGGAUUUCAGGCAACUAGCAGCAGAGGUUCCGGUGGACCCAGCGGUGGAGGUGGCGGUGGUGGUGGCAAACGCGGUAGCGUAGAUCGUAAUGCGUCCCAUGCAAAGGUAAACGAUCAGCAAGCAAAGAAAAGGAAAAAACUCGCCGAUAAGAUACUUCCGCAGAAGGUGCGCGAAUUGGUGCCUGAAUCGCAGGCCUACAUGGAUCUGCUCGCCUUUGAGCGUAAGCUGGACGCAACUAUAACACGCAAACGGCUCGACAUUCAGGAAACACUCAAGCGUCCGAUGAAGCAGAAGCGCAAGUUACGGAUCUUCAUCUCCAACACGUUCUAUCCGGCGCCGCAUGACAGUGAGACGUUGAACCCGUCACUGCCGCGCGUGGAAUCGUCGUGGGAAUUGCGCGUCGAGGGCCGGUUGCUGGAAGACACCGGUAAGCCGGACGGGGUAAAGAUGAAGAGAAAGUUUAGCAGCUUCUUCAAGUCGCUCGUAAUAGAGCUUGAUAAGGAGUUGUACGGGCCGGACAACUAUCUUGUCGAGUGGCACCGAACCCAUACGACACAGGAAACGGAUGGGUUUCAGGUGAAGCGAACGGGUGCCCGGAACGUGCGCUGCACCAUACUGCUGCUGCUCGAUUAUCAACCGUUGCAGUUUAAGCUCGAUCCACGGCUCGCACGCUUGCUGGGCGUUCAUACGCAAACCCGACCGGUAAUCAUUUCCGCCCUAUGGCAGUACAUCAAAACCCAUCGGUUGCAGGAUGCGCACGAGCGUGAGUACAUCACGUGCGAUAAGUAUUUGGAGCAGAUCUUUGGCUGUCAGCAUAUGAAGUUUGCCGAGAUACCGCAGCGGCUUAACCCGCUGCUGCAUCCGCCGGAUCCGAUCGUAAUCAAUCAUGUGAUCAUGGUGGAGGGUGGCGACGGGCAGGACGGGAAACAGACGGCCUGCUACGACAUCGAUGUCGAGGUGGACGAUACGCUGAAACAUCAAAUGAACAACUUUCUGAUGAGCACCGCUAGCCAGCAGGAGAUACAAGCGCUCGACGGCAAAAUCCACGACACGGUCGAGACGAUCCAGCAGCUUAAAACGAACCGAGAGUUUUUCCUCUCCUUCGCCAAAGAACCGCACACGUUCAUACACCGGUGGAUCGUGUCACAGAAGCGCGACCUCAAGCUGAUGACGGACGUCGUCGGCAACCCGGAGGAGGAACGGCGUGCUGAGUUCUAUUACCAGCCCUGGGCAGAGGAAGCCGUAUCGCGCUACUUCUUCGCCAAGGUGAAUGACAGGCGGACUGAGCUGGAGCAAGCACUCGGCAUCCGUCAUACCUAA